AUGAAGAUUGAAGAGGAAAAACACAUGAGGAGAAUGAAUGAUGACAAUGUUGAUGUAAUAGAGCGACGUAUGCUGACCCAGAAGGCAGAAAGAGAGAUAGCAAAAGAGCAAAUGCUCAAGAAAACUAAUAUUGGUUUCAAGAAAGAAUCAUGGAAGGGGUCACCUGAGGAAAUCUGGCAGUCAAGGCAGAAUAAAGAGGUAGAGGAAGAUACAUCUGAAGCUUUGAAAGAAGUAGCCCUGGGCGCGGCUCAAGAGAAGAAUGAGAUCACACGGGCUAUGAUACAGAAUCAGAGCAUAGUUUUCUCGAUAGGAAACUCAAACGAACAACAACACAAGACAACAAAAUCUAGGAGCUGGCACAAACAGAAAGGGUGCCCUAGUCUAGGGGUAGACAGACCUGCAACACAACUUACCCCACAUAAAAGAACACUUGAGUUAGAAGUUGGGGAAAUAACAAUCACACUAUGGAAAUGA